CUCGCCCGAUCGGGCACAGCAAUUUAGCAGCGUUAUUGCUUAUUAAAAUGUUUAGUUUUUUUGCUGCAACUUUUUUUAUUCGACCGAGAAAGAUGGUGAAAAAAUUGUGAUGGACAAUUUGGAAAGUGCAAACUGGGGCCAAAUGGUGUGGAAGGACUCUGAAGGAGUGAUGCAUUGCAGUCCUCGUUUAACCAGCCUGUAAAAGGGAAAACGGUCCACUGACAGCCAAGUGUUCAUACAUAUUACUGAAUGGGAGAUGAUAUUUUAUCAGGUGGAAAUGAUUGCAUUACUCAGGAAAAGUAAGAUAUUUACAUAUUUUAUUGCACACAUAUUAAACACGAGUUCAAAGAACACACUGUUUUAAAUGUGUUGAAUAACCGUGGUAUUAAAUACGAAGGGUUUGAGGAGGGGGGGAAAAAACGAAUAUUUAAGAUUAAAGAACGAUAUAGCAGGGAAGUCAUAUGGUGGGAUGGGGACGCUCCUAUUGGCGGAGGAGGGGAGAGAGGGCGUGGCUUGAGCGGCGCGUGGGAUCGCUUGGGUGACACAAUUAUAACAACUUUAUCUUCGCGGCCGAAACGCAUUUUUAUUGUCAAAUUCUCACAUCCUGGAUACUGUACUCCGUUGUUCGCAUUUCAAAUAGCGCCACAAUAUCACUUUGUGAUGAAAAAUGUGACGUUUGAGGAGCUACCCGGAGCGCGCGCCUGUCCCCCCCGAAAGGAUUUACUAUAUCGAAUCGCAUCUUUUCAUCCUGGGAAAAAGUUUUUGAUCAUUUUGUUUCCUUUGGUUUUUCUUCUUUGAUUCGGCGGAGCGAGCCGUUCGUCCCCGCGUCACGAUUUUCCAUGCAAUCGUGCGGCGUGUCUGUCGCCGUCGCUGCCUGCGCUGCUGCUCGGAGUCUCGGCUCGGCUUCUUCUGGUGGUGAUGAGGGAAAGAAAAUGGCGUCGGGAAAAGCGAGUGAAACAGAGGAGGACUUUCCGACACUGACAGCCCCGGAGAGGGACAGUUUGGCCGCGAUCGACAGCUCACUGUUUGGAUUUCAGAAGCUUCAUGAAGAUGGCGCCAGAACGAAGGCCCUGUUGAUGAAGGCCGUUCGCUGCUAUGAUUCGCUCAUCCUUAAGGCCGAGGGCAAAGUGGAGCCGGAGUUAUUCUGCCAGCUCGGCCACUUCAACCUCCUCCUGGAGGAUUACCCGAAAGCAUUGUCGGCAUACCAGAGGUACUACAGUUUACAGUCGGACUACUGGAAAAAUGCUGCCUUUCUGUAUGGCCUGGGAAUGGUCUACUUCCACUAUAAUGCCUUUCAGUGGGCGAUCAAAGCAUUCCAGGAGGUGCUGUACAUUGACCCAGGUUUCUCCCGGGCCAAGGAGAUCCACCUACGCCUGGGUCUCAUGUUCAAGGUCAACACCGACUAUGAGUCAAGCCUAAAGCAUUUUCAGCUGGCUUUGAUUGACUCCAACCCCUGCACUUUGUCCAAAGCUGAAAUUCAGUUCCACAUCGCUCAUUUGUAUGAGAUUCAGAAGAGAUACCGGGCUGCCAAGGAGGCUUACGAGAGCCUUCUGCAGACGGAGGAACUUCCUGCACAGGUGAAGGCCACUACCCUGCAGCAGCUAGGCUGGAUGCAUCACACGGUGGAGCAGCUCGGGGACAGAGCCAGCAGGGACAGCUAUGCCAUCCAGUGUUUGCAGAAAUCUCUGGAGGCCGACCCCAACUCUGGACAGACCUGGUACUUCCUUGGCAGGUGCUACUCUAGUAUUGGGAAGGUCCAGGACGCUUUCAUCUCCUAUCGGCAAUCCAUAGACAAAUCGGAGGCCAGUGCAGAUACCUGGUGCUCUAUAGGGGUGUUGUACCAGCAGCAGAACCAGCCCAUGGACGCCCUGCAGGCCUACAUCUGCGCCGUGCAGCUGGACCACAGCCACGCCGCCGCUUGGAUGGACUUGGGCACGCUGUACGAGUCCUGCAACCAGCCGCACGACGCCAUCAAGUGCUACAUCAACGCCACGCGCAGCAAGGGCUGCACCAACACCACCGCGCUGACGCACCGCAUCAAAUGCCUGCAGGCUUGUAAGCCCAAUCACAAUGCAGAGGGCGGGGGUCAGUCUCUGCCCCCUCACGUGGGCCCGCUGGGCCAGGCUGAGGACCAGACCUGCCCUGCCAAGAGGAGGCGAGCCUCCAGCCCCACCAAGGGUGAUUCAUGGGUCAGUAACCCACCACAGCAGCCAGUUCCCAACUGGUACCUCUCCCCGCAGAAAUUACAGGCGCUGGAACAGUUGCGGAGUAACCGGGCCAGCCUGAAGCCCCCACAGCUUCAGAUGCUGGGGCAACUGGAGGCUCAGUUCGCCAUGAUGCAGCAGCACCAGCACCAGAUGAGACAGAAUGCCUCAGGAGCCCCGGCGCGCCCCUCGCUCCCCAACGGCCCCACCACCGCCGGCAACUCCCUCCCCUCCCCCAACCCCAGCCUCCACCCCACCCGGCCCCACCUGGGACCCCACCGGCCCCUCUGCCCGCCGCAGCCGCUGGCCAACGGGCCCGUGGGGCCUGGGCCACACGGACACUCGGACGCCCUCCCCGCGGGCGACAGUAGUAACAGUAGUAAUAAUCAGCCGGGGCCCGCGGCCACGGGACCCAACGGAGACGUGCCUUACCUGCAUCCCGCCGGCGGCGGCGGCGACGCAGCACUGCUACCUCACACCUGCACAAGCGCACAAACACAGGACGCCGCGCCGCGCCAGGCCCUGCACCUAAACUCCUCUCAGGGGCUUCAGAAGGGUUGUGUUCCACACGCGACAGGCUCCAGUAGUGAGGGGACCCUCUCUCACCCCCAGACCCCCAACUCCUCCAUCGCCCCCGUGCACCCCAACAAUCAGGUUGGACAUUCCACGAUCGCCCCGUCGCCGCGACAGCAGGCCCACAACCACCUCCCGUCCCCGCCCUCCCUCCCCCACCCCUCUACCUCAGGUGGAGCAGCACCCGGUGCGUCCGCUACCAAAGAUAGCAACGGCGCGGCAGCCCUCGCCGCCGCGUCCCUCGGCAACGGGGCCGCCAAGGGCAAGGCGCCGUCGCCGAGGACGCCCGUCGACGGCCUGGCCAAUCACGUACACUCGGGGGGCGACAAAGGGGCAGAGGGUGGCGAGAAGCCGAGCCUUAGCGCAGACAAUCCUAGACUAUCUGCCCUGCUGGCAGGGGGGAAGGGCCCCGCGGAGGGCGAGGCGGUGGAGUCCCACAAGAAAGUCAACAACAUCCACCCGGCCGUCUUGCCCUCCACCCCCCACGCACAGGGCAGCUCGGCUGCCUCCUCGCCCAUCUCUGCCAUAUCCACCGCCACGCCCUCGCCCAAGUCCUCGGAACACACCCAGACCGGCGCCCACAGCCCCGCCACCUCCGCCGCCACGUCCACUGCGCCGGCCGUCAACGGCAACGGCAAGGGGGGCAUCUCAGAGGACUCGCAAAGCCCGCUGAAGGCCGAGCCGCCCACCGGCACCAGUCUCAAAGCUACGCCUCCACACGGACACGGCUCCUCCUCCUCCUCCUCCUCCUCGUCAUCCUCGAUAUCCAUCUACCCCAGCUCCACGGACGUGCUGAAGGCCUGCAGAAACCUGGGGAGGAACGGCCUCUCCAACAGCAGCAUCCUCCUCGACAAGUGCCCCCCGCCCCGGCUGCCCCCUCCACCCUCACCAGCCCUGCCCAAAGACAAGCUCAACCCCCCCACGCCCAGCAUCUAUCUGGAGAACAAGAGGGACGCUUUCUUCCCCCCACUGCACCAGUUCUGCACAAACCCCUCCAACCCCGUCACUGUCAUCAGAGGACUGGCGGGAGCACUCAAACUGGACUUGGGCCUGUUCUCCACGAAGACGCUGGUGGACGCGAACCCGGAGCACCUGGUGGAGGUCUGGACGCAGCUCUCGCAGCCCGCUGACGAGAACUGGGACCCGGCCGGCACCAAGAAAAUGUGGCGCUGCGAAAGCGCCCGCGCCCACACCACCAUCGCCAAAUACGCCCAGUAUCAGGCUGCUUCCUUCCAGGAGUCCCUACGGGAGGAGAAUGAGAAGAAGGCCCUAAAGGAGCCCUCGGACACAGAGCCAGCAGAGAGUGUCGCACGCAAAAGAAGGGGACCCCUGAAGCACAUCAAGUUCGGAACCAACAUCGACGUGUCGGACGAGAGAAAGUGGAAGCAGCAGCUCCAGGAGCUCAGCAAACUGCCGGCCUUCGCUCGCGUCGUAUCAGCCGGCAACCUGCUGAGCCACGUGGGCCACACCAUCCUGGGCAUGAACACCGUCCAGCUCUACAUGAAGGUCCCCGGGAGCCGGAUAGCAGGUCACCAGGAGCACAAUAACUUCUGUGCCGUCAACAUCAACAUCGGACCGGGAGACUGCGAGUGGUUUGCGGUGCCGGAGCCCUACUGGGGAGUAAUGAGCAACUUCUGUGAAAAAAACAACAUCAACUUCCUGAUGGGCUCGUGGUGGCCCAACCUGGAGGACCUGUACGAGGCCGACGUGCCCGUCUACCGGUUCAUCCAGCGCCCCGGCGACCUGGUGUGGCUCAACACCGGCACCGUCCACUGGGUGCAGGCCAUCGGCUGGUGCAACAACAUCGCCUGGAACGUCGGCCCGCUCACCGCCCACCAGUACAAGCUGGCUGUUGAGCGCUACGAGUGGAACAAGCUCCAGAGUGUCAAGUCCAUGGUUCCCAUGGUGCACCUCUCCUGGAACAUGGCCCGCAACAUCAAAGUGUCCGACCACAAGCUGUUCGAGAUGAUCAAGUACUGCCUGCUGCGGACGCUGAAGCAGUGCCAGUGGGUGAAGGAGGCCCUGGCGACAGCCGGCAAGGAAACGGUGCUGAGGCCGAGGACCAGGGACGAGCCGGCCCACUACUGCACCAUCUGUGAGGUGGAGGUGUUCAACCUGCUGUUUGUGCGCCGCGAGCUCCUGACCAAGAAGCAGCACGUGGUCCACUGCCAGGACUGCGCCAGGAAAGGCAGCGCCACGCUGGACAACUUCGUGGCGCUGGAGCAGCACAGGAUGGAGGACCUGAUGCAGGUCUACGACCAGUUCACAUUAGCCCCUCCUCUUCACUCAUCUUCAUCUUGACAUUAGGUGACCCCCCCCCCCCUCCCUCUUUCUUCUUCUUCUUCUUCUUCUUCGUCUUCUGCCGUGGAACCCAUUCACAGGAACUCGUAUUAAGAAUAAAAAUGAAACGGAACGAACGAACAUCUACAUGCGCGGACCAUUUCUGAUAUUCAGGAAAGCCAAGGCCGUCUCUCCACCCCGCCCCCCUCCCCCACCCCCCACCCAUUAUGGCUGGUCUCCAUAGCGACGGCCGGAGGCUGAGGCGGCCCGAGUGCGUCUGUCUAUGCAACCUGUUUUUUUUUUUUUUGAAGUGCUGGGGCCUGGCCCUUCCAGAGGGGGGCGCCACCGAGCUCGCUGUCGGGGACUCGUUUCUCCCUUCCCCUCCCAGCCCCUCUAGUGACAAUGGUUCAGCCCUGUUUUAAUGGAGGACUUAAUCAAAAAACGGUUGGGAACCGGGGGAGGAGUGGGAUUCUUGAUGCGUGAUUUAAAUAAAAAAAAUUGUUUUGUAGAUACUUGUUAAUUGUCACGACUGGCCACACCACCCGUAAAAGACUACUGACUUGACAAGCGUUCUCUCUUUCUCUCCAUCCCUCCCUCCCUCAUCUUUAUGUUUUCUAUUCUGGUAACAGGAGGAAAUGUUGGCUUUGAUUUAUAGAAUUUCCCCAAAAAUUAUGUUCAGUUUACCCUUCUAAGGAGCACUAGCCUAACUGGUCUUUUUCUAUGGUAGAUAGUCAUUUUAAGACUCUUUGGACAGCAAAAUCUCCCAAAAAAUUUGUAAUGUGAAGAGUUACGGUGAUUUCCUUUUUUGUUUUUCUUUGUUUUGUUUUUUUUUACAGCUUUUAUGUUUUACAUUUUGUCUUGUUCUUUUCAAAACUAUGACGUUUUGUUUGUUUCUAGGUUAAAAAAAAAAGGAAAAAAAUGUAGAAAAAAAAAACAACUUACUAGCCAAGUCACAAAGAGAAUGGGUUGCACAUAGACUUAUGGAAUAAAGUUUAAUUUGUGAUUUUGUUAUGUUUCUAAUCUUGAUGUAAAUUUACACUAUUUAUAAAUACAUAUUUAUUGCUUGAAAAUAUUUGUUGAUGGAAUGCUGUUAUUUUUUUCCAGAGUACCUGCCAUUUAAAUUGAAGGAGUUUUGUCAUUUUAACACGACUCCUCUUACAUUUUCUAUAUAUAAAUAAAAAUUGCUUAGCAAGCAUUGUACAGAAACGGACAUUUAAAAAUUGUUUUAUUGUUUGAAGAAUGUUUUAUGAGUCAAUAAACACAACGUUGUCAAAUUA